AUGAAGCGCUCCUCGUCGGAUGCCGACCUGGACCAUCGGCAAACUGACCGUCGUGCCUCUCUCGUUCCCGAUGGACGACCAGCCGCCCCGAAAAUAUCCAAAGCCCGCGCUUGUGCGGAUUGCAAGCGCCAUAAGAUCAGAUGUGAAUUCAAGCCGGGGGAGACAAGUUGUACCAAGUGUCUGCGCAGCGGCAUCAAAUGUGUGGUCAACGAUUUCUCGCAGAAGUUCGUCGAUGACGAUGGAGUUUGGAAAUCACAGGCCGCCGCGACCAUCCAGCAGUUGCAGGCGGCGGUCUCGCAUCUCCUUCGCCACGGAGGCCUCCCGGACCUUACCACUUACCCCGCGGGCGAUGGUCGAAAUGGCCCCAGUCCCAUCGCAUCACAUCAUUCCAAUGGCUAUCCCUACGAAGAAUCGCAGUCCAGUCCGACCCACCCAAAUCACACGGGACCCGGAGUAGUAAUGGAUGUCACCCGCGAGCCGUCCCAAGAACCAGACCUGCCAGAUCGCGAACUGGUUCCCGCCCCUAUGCGCAGUCUCUACGAAGUCACCAAGUUGCGCAACUUGCGAAAUAACCCGGUGGAGCGGCCCAAGCUCACCCUCCUCGAGGAAGACUUCAUCUCUCGCGGCCUCAUCUCUCUCCAUGAGGCCGAAGAGCUCUUCGCAUACUUUAGCCGAACAAUGAACCAGCUGCUCUGGGGAGGCAUCAUUCUCGUACACCGUGAUCUCACAUCCGUGCGACGAGCGUCGACCCUCCUAUCCGCCGCGGUUCUCACUGUGGCAGCGCUUCACAUACCCAAUCGCACCGAUACCUUGAACCGGUGUUAUAGCGAGUAUGUCUCGCUCGUGUCUAGCAUGUCACUCACACGGUCGCACACGCUGGACGAUAUCCGUGGUCUCUGCGUUGGGGCCUUUUGGCUGUCCGAACUGAGCUGGAAGCUCUCCGGCCAUGCAGUUCGCAUCGCGACCGAACUGGGUCUCCACCAGAGCUACCAGAAGAUGAUUCGCGGACACAGCGACCAGUAUGAGCGCGCGCAGCUCUGGUAUCUCCUCUACGUUUGCGACCACCAUUUUAGUAUUGCCUACGGACGACCACCGGUGAUUCACGAAGAUGCAGCGAUCAAGAACUACGAAACCUUCCUCCAGAGUCCCAUGGUGGUUCCGGGGGACAUCCGCCUGAUGGCUCAGGUAGCAUUGUUCAUGAUUCUGACGGAAGCGUAUCGCAUGUUUGGGAGUGAUACGGAGCAAGCGUUGACGGAAGAAGACUUUGGCCAGCUCCGGGUGUAUAACGUCGCGGUCGAUCAAUGGCGUCUCCUGUGGCAGCCGCGGUCUUCCGAUAGUCCGUAUGUCCGGACAUACCCCUCGAAAGGGGUAGUGCUACACUACCAUUUCGCCAAGUUCCAGCUGAACUCGCUGUCUCUGCGGGCGCUGUCGCCAUCCAACACACCCGUGUUCUCCAUGGACCGGAAGGAGUCGGCAAACAUUGCCAUCUCGUCAGCGAUGGCGUGUUUGAACAUGGUGCUGGAGGAACCGGACAUCCGUGACGCGAUCGUCGGAGUGCCCAUCUUCACACACACAAUGGUCACCUUUUCCGCGGUGUUUUUACUCAAAGUGGCGGUGAAUUGGAACUCGGCCUACCUGAGUCUGGAUGGUCGUCAAGUCCGACAUUUGGUUGAGCGGGUGAUUGAACUGAUGAACUGCGUGUCGGCAGGGGAGCGACACCUGACGCGACACAUUGCGCGCGGGCUGAGCAAGAUGCUGGAGCGGUUCGACUCGUGGGAGACGUCCUGGCAUGCGGGGGCCGCUCCAGGCGCAGGCGCAGGGGCCGGCGGCAGUAACGGUGCGGGCGACGACCGCACAAGCAGCAAUGGUGAGGUGCCUGGGGGCGCCAAUGCGAUGGCGCAAGGGUUUCCUCCACCGGAUUUGAUCUACGACAUGGUGGGAACCUAUGGAUUCGGGUUGGACGAGAACCUGCUGGAUCCAAGCAUGGCGAAUUUUGAGUUUCUCGCGCAGUAG